AUGAGCAACAGCACUCUGAUCGAUUGUGUCCUCCAACGAGCAGUGAUUCGCCGUAGUGUCGGCAUCCAGUCGCAUCGGCUGAUGGCUCCUUCCGUCUCUGCCGUCCAGACUCGAGCCAUUACGGAUUACAUGGGUGCCGAGAAGGAGAAGGACAACAUUAUUGAGACUCCCUGGGAAACGAUUUUCGAUCGUUCGGCCAAGAUUUUCUUCUUGACGGAGAUUUUCCGUGCGUUUUGGUUGGCCGGUGAAGUAGCUUUGAAGCCCAAGGCGACGAUCAACUAUCCGUUUGAAAAGGGCUAUCUCAGUCCUCGCUUUCGUGGCGAACACGCCCUUCGACGAUAUCCGUCAGGAGACGAACGCUGCAUCGGAUGCAAACUCUGCGAAGCCGCGUGUCCCGCACAAGCCAUUACCAUUGAAGUCGAAGAACGUGAAGAUGGAGCUCGUCGUACCACCGUGUACGACAUUGACAUGACCAAGUGCAUCUAUUGCGGAUACUGCCAGGAAGCCUGUCCCGUCGAUGCCAUUGUCGAAGGACCCAAUUACGAAUUCGCCACGGAAACCCACGAAGAACUACUCUAUGACAAGGAAAAAUUGCUCUCCAAUGGUGACAAGUGGGAACGCCAAAUUGCAAAGAACCUCAUGAGUGAGCAUCUUUACAGGUAA